AUGGCUACCUCCAGCAACUACCUUCCCCCUGCAUUGACAGCGGACAGCAUAACGGAUUUAAUUCUCGCUCUAAAUCUUCCCAAACCCACUUCCAUCGAGCCUCUGGAAGCUGCAGCCUCCUUCCACUCAAUAUACCUUAUUAAUUUCUCUGCUUUAGUCGCCACUGACAUUCCAGUACGCGCAGAAAAAGAUGGUACUCUGGCCCUCGUCCUGCGCGUGUCAGGACGACAACUUCCAAGUAUCAAGACGCUGAAUGAGGUAGGCGUAAUGAACUGGGUGCGCAAGAACACGCACAUUCCCGUUCCAGCAAUUGUGCGCUACGAUGCCACUGAAAAUAACCUCAUUGGACAUGAAUUUACUCUCCUCGAAAAGGCACCCGGUGUCAGCGUCGACAAAAUUUAUGACACGCUAUCCACGGAGACUAAAACCAAAAUGUCCGGGUACGUGGGAGGCCUUACUCUCCGUGACAACGGAGAAAUUGCUCGCGGGCCACUUCUUGACGAGUACUUCUGGCAAUUACCAGAUCUGGAGCAGUACUGGUCUUCUCCCGGUAUGCAUGAGACCUUAGACACGCUCAACCCUAUUGCUGCGGAUGGAUUUCCAAAUUACGUUUCGUUCAAUGUCGCCUGUUUGGAACGGUAUAUCCAUGCUAUAGAAGUACAUCCGUUACUUGAUCCCUAUCGAGACAUGGUACCUCGGUUACGAUCUUUCAUUCUCGCGCUACAGACGUCAGUGAACAUAGACGAGCUCAAUCGGGUCGCUUAUGUGCUUGCACACAAGGAUAUGCACUUUGCGAACAUCAUGUGCGAUCCCGAGGAGCCAGGUUGCCCGAUUACUGCUGUUCUGGACUGGGAGUUCAGUGGAGUUGUCCCAGCACCACGGUGGAAUCCUCCGCGCGCAUUUCUGUGGAAUAUGAAAUCGACUCCAGAGGACAAGGCGGAGCAGACUCGAAUGGAGGAGUUGUUUGAGCAAGUGUGUCAUGAACGGGGUGCACAGUCGAUCCUGGAGGAGACGAAAAUGAAUGCUGCACAGGAGUCGAUGCAGACUGUGGUCAAUCAUGUUCGGGCGAUUGUGGAGGUAUGUCCAAGGGGCCAAGCGAGUGAUCGAACAAGGCAAUGGAGGAAAGUGGCUGAGGCGGCAAUGGAGAAGUUUGGUGUUUAG